GACUUGCAAUAAAUAAUCUCGUGUAUAUAAAUGUGAUUUGUGCUAUUAAUUCAUCUCCAAUAAGUGAGAGGAGGGGGUUGUAGGAAAGAAGCAAAAUCCUGAAUUUCAUGCAAUCCAUUCCAUCUAUAAAGUUAAUCAAGCUUGACUUUCUCUAGGCAUUUCCUGGUUCGGCUUUGGAGGCCAAGAAGUGACUAGGUGUCAUAUCUAUUUCAUAUCUGUUUUAUGCUUUUAAUAAAGCCUAAAUGAUUAAUCAUGACAUGUCCUCGAGUAAAGGUGUUUUUUUAAAGUCUCCUUGAUAACAUUGGGGCCGUCCUAAAGAAGAAUUUGCGGUGUUUUACAAACUAGAAUGGUCAGAAGAGAGUAACAUAGCACACUGUCUUCACUAGAAAAGAAAGGGAAGGACUCGUAAAACUUUAUAUUAAAUCUUGAACUUCCUCUUGCAAUGGUAGCAAUUUGAAAUUGUCCAUGAUGAUGGCAUUUUUUUAACUCUUCAUUGUCCUUGCCUCUGGGUUCCUCUUCUUAUAGCAUUUCUUGCAGUUGCUCAAACGAGCAAGAAUAUUAUCUUUACUCGCUUCUGAUGUCUUUUCUUCAUGGAAAUUGACUUCAGGUGAUUUUGCCUUUGGAUUUCACCGCCUUGAAAAUCAGUCAUCCUUCUUGCUCGCAGUAUGGAUGACAAAAUUUCUGAGAAGACCAUCGUAUGGAUUGCAAAUGGACAUAGUCCUGUGCUAAAAAGGAUCAAGAGUUGAGCUUACCAAAAAUGGUCAAUUAAUACUUAAUAAUCCGUAGGGCCAUACUAUUUGGAAAGUUGACUCAACCUCAACUGAGGUUGCUUAUGCUGCCAUGCUUGACACAUGUAACUUAGUGCUUGAAAAUUGAAAUUCGAGUUAUGCCUGGGAGAGCUUCAAAAAUCCCACCAACACCAUCCUUCCAACUCAAGUACUAGGAAUUGGAGCGAUUCUAUAUUCUCGUCAAAUGCCAAGUAACUAUUCAAAAGAGAGAUUCCAGCUUCGCUUCCUACAAGAAGUGUUAAUAACACAAAUUCUGGUCACGUGUUGGUCUUUAAUGAAACUGGUUACUUCUAUAUUGUUCGAAGAAAUGGAAAAAAAUGCUAACUUGACCGUGGGAAUUAUGGUUCCAAGUAGCAACUUUUAUCACAGGGUGACUUUGAGUUAUGAUGGGGUUCUCGUACAAUAUGCUCACCUCAAGGCUUCAGCUAAUGAAACCUGGGAUCAAUCUUGGUUUCCUGUUUGGGCUGUUCUAGAUAAUAUAUGCACUGACAUAAUAGGCAGAUUAGGCAGCGGAGCUUGUGGGUUCAACAGCUACUGCGUUCUUGGCCCAAAUCGCAGGCCAACAUAUGAAUGUCCUCCUGGAUAUAGCUUUUUCGAUGCAGAUAACAGAUUUGGUGGCUGCAAGUUAGACAGAGUACCAAAAUGUGAGGAAGGAGGUCCUGAGCUAGAAGACAUAUAUGAUAUGCACAUGUUAUCUAACACCUUUUGGCCUAUUUCAGACUACGAACAAUAGCUUCCCCUCAAUGAAGAUGAAUUUAGGGAAUCCUGCUUACAUGAUUGUCAGUGUUUGUUGCUAUUCUUAGAGAUGGAAAUUGUUGGAAGAAGAAGCUGCCAAUCUUAAAUGGUAGAGUGGAUCCUAGUACUCCUAGUAAGGCAUUUAUCAAGGUCAUGAAACCUGACAUUGUCGAGGGUGAUAUUAGCAGCACAAAGAAAAAUCAAGAAUCUCUUGUUCUUGUGGGAUCGAUUGUGUUCCUCAACUUUCUAUUCACAAUGGCAAUAACAAUAAUUGCAUAUUUCUUAUCCCACAACCGACACGCCUUUAUUCCUACUGUGCUAAGUAUAUUGAAAACAAGUAUCCGGCCUUACACUUAUGAAGAGCUAAAGGAAGCCACAGAUAGUUCAAAGAAGAACUAGGAAGAGGUUCUUUUGACAUUGUAUAUAAAGGAGUCUUUCCAACAAACACAAGGAGUUUUGUUGCAGUGAAGAAGUUAGACAAGUUGGUACAACGUAGGGAAGAAGAAUUCUAGACUGAAGUUGCAUUGUAUAAACUGGCUUUGCAUAAGUUUUAUGCAGUUUAUGAAAGGGCUUGCACUGUUAUAUAUCCAGAAUUGUGUUAUUCACUUGUAUCUAGAGAUAAUCCAGUGGCUGAUUACUUUUCAUUGGAUAAAAGUGGAACCAUUUUUUAUAAUGGAGCAGAAAAGCAACUUCCUAUAUAGAAAAUAAGGAAAUCCCAUUUUAAGUCUAGGUAAAAUACAUCACUCUAAAUUUUAAGAGUAAAAAUGGGAUUUCCGAUCCCAACAUUGAAUCGUUCUCAAAUUAGAGACCAAGUACAUAUGAAAUGCAAAUAAAGAAUUUGAGUAGAAGGGGAUCAGAAGAUUCACAAAUGAGCAAGUUCUACCAAUUAGAAUAGAAGCAGAAAAGAAAUAUGACAGACGAAAAUACAAAGAAGGUAGUCCUAAGAUUCUGCAAGUCUUCAAAGUCAGAAGUCUUCUCAUAAAAUAGUUAAAUAUUUUUCAAAUAUUAGAAUAUACAAAAUUGAUGUUAUGUAAUUUAAGACUACUUCAAAAUAAUUGCACGACAAUUUCACUUCUCUUGCAAAACACCUUCAAUAAGUACCUUUCAAAUCAAAAAGAAAAAUCAACUUCGCA